GCUGCCUGCGCCGGGGCUGCCGCAGGCUUUCAAUCCCUCCGUCACACAGGGAGCCGGGAGAGCGGGGACCCGGUGACCCACUCAUUUCCUAUAGGCUGUGUCCCCUUCCUGACGGGAAGAGCGCCCGCGCUGGUGCUGCUUUGUGCGCCGGGGCCCUGGCCGCACUUGCGGAGCCCCAGCCCCAGCCCCAGCAUGUAACUGAGCGGCGGCUCGUGUUGUCCCCUCGGCCGGAGGCGACGCGGGCAACUUUUCCUGCGGGCAGGCGGGCGGGCGAGGAGCCGCGGGAACAAUGACAGAGGAGAGCAAAGGGGAAGGGAAAGGGGAAAGCGGGAAGGACCUGGAGAAGCAGCUUCGCCUGCGGGUCUGCGUCCUGACCGAGCUGCUCAAGACGGAGCGGGACUACGUGGGCACCCUGGAGUUCCUCGUGUCGGCAUUCCUUCACCGAAUGAUCCAAUGUGCUGCAUCCAAAGUUGAUAAAAAUGUCACAGAGGAGACAGUUAAGAUGUUGUUUUCAAAUAUUGAAGAUAUUCUUGCAGUUCACAAGGAUUUCCUGUCUCUGGUGGAAGACUGUUUGCAGCCUGAACCUACUGCGCAUCAUGAAGUGGGAACCUGCUUUCUUUAUUAUAAAGACAGGUUUCGUAUCUACGAUGAAUACUGUAGUAACCAUGAGAAGGCACAAAAACUUCUUCUUGAACUUAACAAAAUAAGAACAGUGAGGACUUUUCUUUUGAACUGUAUGCUGCUUGGAGGAAGAAAGAAUACAGAUGUUCCACUGGAAGGAUAUCUAGUAACACCAAUACAGAGAAUAUGCAAGUAUCCCCUUCUUUUAAAGGAGUUACUGAAGCGGACUCCAAGGAAACACAGUGAUUAUGCAGCAUUAAUGGAAGCCCUCCAAGCCAUGAAAGCUGUCUGUUCCAACAUAAAUGAAGCCAAGAGACAAAUGGAAAAAUUAGAGGUUUUGGAAGAAUGGCAGUCUCACAUUGAAGGAUGGGAGGGAUCCAACAUCACAGAUUCUUGCACGGAAAUGCUAAUGUAUGGAGUUUUGCUGAAAAUUUCUGCAGGAAAUAUCCAGGAGCGGGUCUUUUUUCUUUUUGAUAAUCUUUUGGUCUACUGCAAAAGAAAACACAGGCGAUUGAAGAACAGCAAAGCAUCUACUGAUGGCCAUCGGUAUCUCUUUCGAGGCAGAAUAAACACAGAGGUGAUGGAAGUAGAGAAUGUAGAUGAUGGUACAGCGGACUAUCAUAGCAGUGGCCACAUUGUUGUUAAUGGCUGGAAGAUUCACAACACAGCAAAGAACAAAUGGUUUGUAUGCAUGGCAAAAACUCCUGAAGAGAAGCAAGAAUGGCUGGAAGCUAUUCUGAAAGAAAGAGAAAGAAGAAAAGGUUUAAAACUGGGCAUGGAACAAGAUACUUGGGUGAUGAUCUCAGAGCAGGGAGAGAGACUCUACAAAAUGAUGUGCAAACAAGGGAAUCUGAUCAAAGACAGGAAAAGAAAACUAACCACUUUCCCAAAGUGCUUUCUUGGAAGUGAGUUUGUGUCCUGGUUAUUGGAAACUGGAGAGAUACACAAAGCUGAAGAAGGUGUACAUCUUGGCCAAGCUUUACUAGACAAUGGUAUUAUCCACCAUGUUACAGACAAGCACCAGUUCAAACCUGAACACAUGCUCUACAGAUUCCGUUAUGAUGAUGGAACAUACUAUCCACGAAAUGAAAUGCAGGAUGUUAUUUCCAAGGGUGUAAGAUUGUACUGUCGUCUUCACAGCCUGUUUACUCCAGUAAUAAGGGAUAAAGAUUACCAUCUAAGGACCUACAAAUCUGUAGUCAUGGCUAACAAACUGAUAGACUGGCUGAUUGCACAGGGAGAUUGCCGGACCAGGGAGGAAGCAAUGAUCUUUGGUGUAGCUCUUUGUGACAAUGGGUUUAUGCACCAUGUAUUAGAAAAAAGUGAAUUUAAAGAUGAACCACUGCUAUUUCGUUUUUUUGUGGAUGAAGAGAUGGAAGGGUCAAAUAUGAAGCACAGGCUCAUGAAACAUGACUUAAAAGUUGUGGAAAAUGUCAUAGCCAAAUCAUUAUUGAUUAAAUCUAAUGAAGGCAGCUAUGGUUUUGGUUUAGAAGACAAAAACAAAGUGCCUAUUAUUAAAGUAGUGGAGAAAGGAUCAAAUGCUGAGAUGGCAGGCCUGGAAGUAGGGAAAAAGAUCUUUGCCAUUAAUGGUGACCUAGUUUUCCUGAGACCCUUCAAUGAAGUGGAUUACUUUUUGAAAGCAUGUUUAAACAGCAGACAGCCCCUCAGGGUUCUUGUGAGCACAAAACCACGCGAGACAGUGAAGAUUCCUGACUCUGCAGAUGGGCUGGGAUUCCAGAUCAGAGGCUUUGGUCCAUCAGUUGUCCAUGCUGUUGGGAGAGGAACUGUGGCAGCUGCAGCUGGUCUCCACCCUGGACAGUGCAUAAUCAAAGUGAAUGGAAUUAAUGUCAGCAAAGAGAGUCAUGCAAGCGUUAUUGCCCAUGUUACAGCCUGCAGGAAAUACAGGCGUCCAAUGCAGCAAGAUUCCAUACAAUGGGUAUAUAACAGUAUUGAGAGUGCACAGGAAGAUCUUCAGAAAACAAACUCCAAGCCCCCUGGAGGUGAUGGAGGAGAUGUCUUUGACUGCAAAGUGGAAGAGGUAAUUGAUAAAUUCAACACUAUGGCAAUAAUUGAUGGGAGGAAAGAUCAUGUUAGUCUGACUGUUGAUAAUGUUCACCUGGAAUAUGGAGUGGUUUAUGAGUAUGACAGUACUGCUGGAAUGAAAUGCCAUGUGUUAGAGAAAAUGGUUGAACCGAAAGGCUUUUUCAGCUUGACAGCCAAGAUUCUUGAGGCACUGGCAAAAAGCGAUGAAGAUUUUGUUCAGAAUUGCAACAGCCUGAAUUCUUUAAAUGAAGUUAUCCCCACUGACCUCCAGAGUAAAUUCAGUGUUAUCUGCAGUGAGAAAAUUGAACAUAUAUACCGAAGAAUCUCUAGUUAUAAAAAGUUCUCAAGAGUGUUAAAAAACAGAGCUUGGCCUACGUUUAAACAAGCCAAAUCAAAGAUCUCACCACUUCACAGCAGUGAUUUCUGCCCAACCAACUGCCAUAUCAAUGUGAUGGAAGUUUCCUAUCCUAAAACCUCAACUUCUCUUGGUAGUGCCUUUGGGGUUCAGCUAGACAGCAGAAAGCAUACUUCACAUGAGAAAGAAAAUAAAACUACUGAACAAGGUAAACUGAAUCCCAUGGUUUACAUUCAGCAUACUAUUACCACCAUGGCAGCCCCAUCAGGACACUCCCUAGGUCAACAAGAUGGCCAUGGUCUGAGAUACCUAUUAAAAGAAGAGGACUUAGAAACACAAGAUGUCUAUCAGAAAUUGCUGUGCAAAUUGCAGACUGCAUUGAGAGAGGUGGAAACAUGUGUCUGUCAGAUAGACGAUCUCCUCUCUUCGAUAACAUAUUCUCCCAAAUCAGAACGUAAAACACCUGAGGCUUUAAUACAAGCAGACAGUGACAAUGACAAGGGAGAAAAGAAUGGGAAAAAGGUCUGUUUUAAUGUAGCUGGUGAUGAGCAGGAAGAUUCUGGCCAUGACACCAUCAGCAAUAGGGAUUCAUACAGUGAUUGUAAUAGCAACAGAAACUCCAUUGCCUCAUUCACCAGCAUUUGCAGUAGCCAAUGCAGUUCUUACUUUCACAGUGAUGAAAUGGAUUCAGGUGAUGAACUUCCCUUAAGUGUUCGCAUUUCUCAUGAUAAACAGGACAAACUCCAUAGUUGUUUGGAGCAUCUUUUCGGUCAGGUAGACUCAAUUGUCAAUCUUCUGAAAGGACCUGCUGUAGCGAGGGCCUUUGAACAGACAAAGUAUUUCACACCCGGACGAGGCCUACAAGGUAAAAAUUUAAAUCUAACACUAGAAUUCACAAAUGGCACAAAGGAAUGCAAGAUGGAAAUGGAACCUAAGCUUAGUUGUCCAAGGAGGUUACGACUUCACAUCAAGCAAGACCCCUGGAACCUUCCCAGCAGUGUCCAAAAUCUUGCACAGAACAUUAGAAAAUUUGUUGAAGAGGUGAAGGCAAGACUGCUGUUGGCACUUCUUGAAUACACAGCUUGCCUGCAGCCAGGGAGAGGAUUAAUUCCACAGUGGUCUGCAGUCGGGGAGAAAGGCAAGACUUUCACCUGUGAGUCCAGAGCUAAGACCUGCAGGACCAGACUAAGAGAUAGUGAAAUACAGCUCAGACGAGACAUGGUCUUCUGCCAAAGUCUAGUAGCCACAGUCUGUGCUUUUUCUGAGCAACUAAUGGCUGCAUUAAAUCAGAUGUUUGACAACAGCAAAGAGUAUGAAAUGGAGACUUCAGAGGCCAGCAGAAGGUGGUUGGAACAGAUAGCUAAUGCAGGUGUUCUUCUUCAUUUCCAGUCAUUGCUGUCACCUAACUUGACGGAUGAACAAGCCAUGCUAGAAGAUACAUUGGUUGCAUUAUUUGAUCUGGAAAAAGUUACUUUUUAUUUCAGACAAUCAGAACCAGAACCAAUAGUUGCAAAUGUUCCAAUCACAUAUCAAGCGGAAGGAAGCCGGCAAGCCUUGAAGGUUUACUUUUAUCUUGAUAAUUACCAUUUUGAGCAACUUCCUCAACGAUUAAAAAAUGGAGGAGGAUUUAAAAUACACCCAGUACUUUUUUCACAAGCACUGGAGAGCAUGGAAGGAUAUUAUUACAGGGACAGUGUAUCAGUAGAAGAAUUUCAAGCCCAGAUUAAUGCAGCCUCACUAGAAAAAGUCAAGCAGUAUAACCAGAAACUCAGGGCAUUUUACCUGGACAAGUCAAAUCUGCCUCCAAAUUCAACAUCUAAAGCUGCUUAUGUAGACAAGUUAAUGCGGCCCCUCAAUUCUUUGGAUGAACUUUACCGGCUGGUAGGGUCAUUUAUCAGAUCCAAGCGCACAGCUGCUUGUGCUUACACUGCUUGCAGUGCCUCUGGAGUUGGAUUGCUCUCGGUUUCUUCAGAACUUUGUAGCAGACUUGGAGCUUGCCACAUCAUAAUGUGCAACAGUGGAGUUCACCGGUGCACACUAAGUGUCACUCUGGAACAGGCUAUAGUUCUUGCUAGGAGUCAUGGUCUACCUCCUCGCUAUAUUAUGCAAGCUACAGACGUGAUGCGCAAACAGGGAGCAAGAGUGCAGAACACUGCCAAGAAUUUAGGAGUGAGGGACAGAACACCACAGUCUGUCCCAAGAUUAUACAAGCUGUGCCAGCCUCCACCUCCUGCUGGAGAAGAGUAAGGAGAAUGAAGCAAAAUAUAAUAAACCGCUUUUAAGAUAUUGGACUAGAAAACAAAAUCAAGAUGCACUCUAAUGGAACAUGCCUGGUGAAGUGACAAGUAGAAUUUAUUUACUCAGGAUAAAGAAAUAGGUUGUCCUUAAAUAUUUCUCUUUCAUCAUUGGGUAACAGACUGUUGAAAAAUAUUUUUGGGCUCCAUGUACUGUAGUGUCACAUGAGCAAAAUUUGAACGUUGUGGGGGUUUCCUGGAAAUUUUACACUGGAAUUUGCAGGUGACAUGGCCAGGUCAGCAACACAGUUGCCUUUUGCACAUAGACAGCAGUAUUAGAAAAGCCAUCCCAUGUGAACCACAUCAAAAUGUCAUCCAAGUCCACAGAGUGAACUCCAGGAAAGAAGAAAAGUUUAAAAUUAUCUAAAUGCAUUCAUCUCUCUCACACUGAUUAACUUGUGUCUUUCCCACUAAGAUAAUGUUAUUAUGUUCUCCAAAAGUUUAGCAAUAAGAAAUAAACAUUUUUAGUCUAUGAAACACAUAUAUGUUAAAGACUAAGAACCUAACUACAAAUAGUCCCAAUGAGUUUGGAAUGACUACGUGGAUCUAGCAGUCAAUGUACAAUUCCAACACAGUAAACUCAGUUACUUUAUUAAGAAUCCAUGGUCAUCACGGAUUUGAAAGAGCGUGUUAUUUCAUCUUGUAGAAAUGGUGCAACCCCUUAAAUUGCAUAAAAAUUAAAAUAUAGCUUUCAAAGAUAUUUUGGGAGAGAGAGUGUGAUUGAUAUUAGGAAGGUGAUAUUAACAUAUAAUUAGAAGGAAGUUCAAACUUCAGCCUGCAGCAGCUGCUUUACUUUGUUGGGCUUCUAUAUUUCAGAAAUCUCCAUACAGUUGUGUUUAUCUUGUAAAGUAUUGUACAUGGUAUCAUGUCUAACCAGACUGGGUAAAGGGCUGUGCUCUAGCUUUGAACUGGAAAACUUUGAAUUGUAGAGUAUGUAAGUAAAGCAUAGUGUCAAAACUUCAUAUGUUUAUAUCAGCAUAUAAAAUAUUUUGUCAGCAUAAAGUUUUACAGCUAUUGAAGUUGGUUUUGCAGACUGGUAGUUUUAUAAUUUUAUGAUUUUGAUUUUGUAGGAUGUUUUGAAUAUCUACAUGGAUCAGGAAAAAUAUUAUUCAUGUUUAAUUGUUUUCUGACCAAAGUGUUUCGAGAGAAAAUAAAUGUUCCUGAAAGACUCUUCAUAUGUAUACACAUUAAAGUAAAAUUACAUUUUAAAAUUUUGCUUCUGGUAGUAGUAACUAGAUACUAGGGAGGGAUGCAUAUAAUCUAAAAACGUAAGUAUUAUACAAAUUAUAGUUCUAUAAUUGCACACAAACCUCUACAACAUAGUUUUUUCAGUUCUAUGUUGUCUAUUCACUUAUGAAAUUUCAGUAAAUGUAUUAACUCAGAAAUAGAUGAGAAUUCAGUACAAGCUGUAUUUUACAAAGAGUGUUCUUUCCAUAGGACAUAUAAUUGGUUUAUUACUUUUCUCCAAAGGAGGAGUUAGUAGUUCUACAUUCUUCAGUAUUCUUGAUUUUAUAUGCAGAUAUUAACUUUGGCAACAAAGUAAAUAUUUUUAUAUACACACAAAUGUAUGUGUAAAGACAUAUAUUAUAGUAGCAGUAUGCGUAUAUCUAGUUAAACCAGUUAUGUAGCCAACCAAGCUUAAACAUAAAAUCUGUUAACUUCCUUUAACUGUGACAAAAAAUGAUACUGAACACUCUGUAAAGUCACAAUUUUCCCUCCAUUCUUGAAGUUUACAUCCUUCUGAUACUUGCUGGAAACUUUUUUUCAGGAUUUUGAUAAACACGAAAUUCUACUUUCUUAAGCUAUAUAGGAAGUAGGAAAACCCAUUUUCUUUGUCUAUUAUGACAACACUUUUACAUAAGAAAAGAAUGGAUUUUGGUUUUAUACAGUUGUUGUUCUAGUCCACAAAUCUCAUAGUCCUAGACAUGUUUUAUUCAAAGGCAAUAUUGGUUAAGAUUAUCCUUCCUCUAGGCAAGUAUUACCAAGAAAAUUUAGGCUUCUGCUUGCUCAGGCACCAGAAAUGUGCAGAAGUCAAAGCUUUCUUGUGCUAGGUAUUGUACCACAAAUCAUGUAGCACAUUUAGUUUGGCAGUGUCAGGCUUUACUAGGAGCAAGGAUUUCUUAGGGUGAUAUUUUUAUUGAACCAACUAUGCAGCUGGGAUAGAAUUAGACAAGCUUUUGAAUGUGAAGUAUUCUUGGUGAGGAACCUAAUUCUUGGUGUGAGAUUUGGCUACAAAAUCUUUUACUAAGAGACUGAGUGCUAUCAACUGAAUGAAACUGAUACAGUUCUACAAGAGGAAAAUCUGUUGUAUGCACACACAUUAUCAGUGAAUAAACUUAUCGUCCAGCACUUUUGUAUAUCAGCUGAGUCACAAUAAUGAUGUAGGAGUGCAAUAUACUAAAAUCAUUACAUGUGUAAUAUGAUAGGUUUAAUGUAAGUGGGUUUUAGGCAUUUGAAAGUGCAGGUAAUAAAUGUUUGUUAAAUGAUAGCUGAGGACUGACAGCUAUUAGCCAAAAUCAUUGGAUCAAAUUCUUCAAUUAGAAUUUUUCUUGAGUAAGCACUGAAGGUAUUGACCCUCUGCUUUUGUAUCUGUUGUUACAUUAUAUGUCUAAAUGACUAUUUAGUGAAGAAGAGGAAAGGUUUGAGUCCCCAGUUCUCUUUUGUUCUGAAAAAUAUAUAUAAGAGUUUACUUAACUCUCUCAACUUCAUUAUACAAAGCGCAUCCAGCCUCUAGCACCAAUGACUUGUGCGGUGCAUGAAUUUAGAUAUUUAGGUUUGUAUUUUCAGAGGGCUUGAUGGAUUUAGGCCCCAGUUUCCAAUGGGAUUUGGGGUUUGGAUUUUCAGAGGCCCUGAAGAGGGUUAGGCACACAGCUUCCAUUGAACUUCUAUUGGAAAUGGGUAUGUAACUUGCUUGGGCUCUUUUGAAAAUUGUAGUCAUGGCCAUUUCAGUUGCAAACUUCACGGACUUUUCUGUAUCUCUUUACUUGCCCCUCUAUUUUCUGAACAAAAUCACACAUCCUAAUAUGUUUGGUUCCCGGUUAGUUCAGCCAGGCAUUGAAGAAGCCUUCUUACAAAUUACACAUUUACAUAUGUUUGUGACUAAAGCUAAUUAUAAUGUUGCGUAAACAUGUAGGAUAUAUUUACCCUUCCUGCAGUGCAUACACAAUAAAAAAAUCAAUUUUCAGUGUACACAGUAUAUUUAUCCGUUCAUAAAUUCCUAGGCUUGCGAAUGACAAGAAGCGAUGAUUAACAGGAGUUCUAACACUCUCAGCUCAUUAGAUCUUUACUUCUGCUACAACCAUUUAUGCUGCUUAUUUGUGUAUUGCAGCAAUUUACAGAAAACUCGGUGUGUGUGUGUGUGUGUGUGUGUAACUUCACACAAAAUAACUAAAAAUAGAGUCUAAAAUCUGCUUGUGUGUGUGUGUGUGUGUGUGUGUAAUUUGAAGUUUUACAUGCACAUACCAUCUAGGAAGGGCAUAGGGAAUAUUUAAGAACCAGAAAGGAAAGGUUGGUAGCCAUAUAAUAGUCAACCAAUUAUGCAAGAGGCAAGUAUUUCUUAGGGUUAUAUCUUUUAUUGGGCCAAUUGCAUAACUAGAAUAGAGUUAGACAAGCUUUUGAAUGCAAGACAUUAUUACCCAAACAAUAUAAUGGUCAUGCUAAAGGGAAAUAUAUUUUUAUUCAAAGGUAGAUCUGGAGUGGGAGGGCUGUUUUAAUAACUGGAUCCUAUUCAGGUUCAGUCUUAGUUUUGUGAAAUGAGCAUUAGUCCAAUCUAGUCUCUGAAGUUAAGAGUCUGAAGAAAUAGGAAAUUUCCCAGUAUUUAGUAUGUUGUUCUUCUUGAGUUUAACAAAAGUAAGAUAGAUGGUUCUAGUCUGUAAUUGUUAAACAUUUUUUGCAUUAGUAAUCCUCCAACUCAAAGAGUUUUUGCUCAGUUAAAAUAAUUGAUACAUACAUUUACAUCCACCGAAGGAAACAACUUUUUAAUGUCACAGCAUUUCACUCUUACUUUCUAAAAGAAUAAUGUCUGAGCUUCUCUUGCACAGGUUUUUAGCCAAGGAAAUCAAACUAAACUUUAUUGGGAAUUAUGUAGAAAGCAUAUUUCAAUGCGUAACCUUAUUUCUUAAUAGCCUAUUGAAAGCUUUCUUGUGCAUUUAAAACAAUCAAUCAGUUUUAUUAACUCUGUUUAGCUCUGUUUUUACUCAAAGAAAAUUAUAGGUAAAUGGUAGUGUUGUUUGUUUCAUAAAUCCAUUGUUAGAUGUACUAUAUAAGACUACAAUUAUUUGAGUCUGUGAGUUCCUAUUACAUCAUGAUUAAGCAAGAGUUCAAAAUAGGAGAGUAUUUUUGGUUUUGUUCCAAAUUGAAGUGUUAACAUCUAUAGUGGAAGUAUAUUUCAGCAGAUGUACAUUUUGCAGCUAUUCCAUAGGUUUGUGUCUGCCAACACUAUGCAUAUUUGCACCAUUGGUGUUUAACCUGACAACAGCAGGAUAGCUCCUAAAACUCGCACAUUGCCUUAAACAUUUUAGCUAUGUACUUACUGAGAAAUGCACAUAGUGCUUUUCUAAUUGUACUCUGGCAGUACACUAGCAUUUGUAAAUUAGAUGGAAAAUACAUACCUGUCUCAGGAUAUCUAGAUUUUUGUGAUUAAUUAGAUUUUGAUGUAUAAAAAUAUACUGAACUCACUUAUAUUUUUGUAAACUGACUGACUUUUUAUAUGCUGUAUAUAUCCAUUAACAAUUCUUCCUUAAGACUAUAAGUUGUUAAGGACAGUUUCUUUUCCUGCCUGCAACAGAUGGGUUUUUUAUGUUGCGCAUGUAUAAAAAUAUGUACUAUAUACAUAAGAGAUGUGGAGAUGCUACUACCUGUAAGCAGCUUCAAAUAGCCAGUGACUGACCAUGCUAUGUUGUCAUUUCUGUUAUUGUCUUCCAGGACUAAUAGCAAUCCUGUUUGUCUAGAAUCCAUACUAACGUUCCUGUUUGUUGACAAUAGAAACUGUCGCCUGCUACAAUCUGAAAGACUAGUCUAGUGCACUUCCUGGUUAGUUGAUACAUAUAUACAAGUAUCAUAUUUGGACUUUCAUGGGUAUGCCCACAGCACCUCUAGUGUAUGUCUGUGUACUGUAUGUACAUUAUACAUAUUUAUAAAGAUUAUAGCAGCACUAUUCUGCUUGUAGCAACCUGUAUAUAAUGUAUGAAGUUAGCUGAGCUUGUGCAACAUUUUAAGAAAAAUGUUUAAUUUUUUGCAUUGAAGUAGUGCACACUUUUUUCACAUGAAGGACAUAUUUUUUGUAACUUUUCAGUAAGAAUCUUAGAGCAUUAUUGCUUUUAAAUAUAAAAAUAUAUAAUACAUACAUUUAUACAUUGAAUCAACAGUUUCCAUUUUAAAACUCUCAAACUAGCAGCGCCAUGCGUAGUUGACAUUAACAUUUGUAAUUUAAUGUUAAACCUUCUUGAAAUAUGGAUUUAAAUAACGUUUUUCUGUUUUUGUAAAGUAUCCAUGUAGUAUACUUUGUAUCAGUUAUUAUAUUGACUAUGGGUUUUAAACUAAUGCUGUAUACUUUAUUAGAUGUAUGGUUUAUUUUUUUUAGUUUGCCUAUUAAAAGUCUGGAUUAGUAACAAUGAAUCUCAAAGUGUCAAUAAUAAAACAAAAUGUUC